AUGGCGGCGGGGAAGAAAGAGCGAAAGAAGGAUGGAGUACGGGAAAGUCGGCGUGGAAGACCAAGAACCCGCAAUGUCGAACGAAGUAGAGCAUUAAUACAAACAUUUCCAAGGAAAAAAAAGAAUUUUCCACGUCAAGUAUUAUUAGAAAACGAUGUUGACUGUGAAAGAUUGAAUGCUAUCAAAACAACACGAAAGUUAAAAAGCAACUCCGAUGUUGUCCGUUUCCUUCUGGAUCGUUAUGAAAACAUCAGCCGGUCAGGAAUAUCGUCUACAGGUAGGAGAAGGAAAAACUUACCAGAAGAAUUUGAUGACUACCAAUUCCACUGUAAGUCAUGUGGUUCAGAAGAUAUUGAGGUAAUGGCCAAAGUGAGGGCACCACCACAAACAUCAUUACCUGCUGAUCGUGUCAGUGUGAAAAUUGAAUGUGAUGAUAACAUUAUGAGUAAUGACAAACAUAUCAAGGAGACCAGGAGUGCUGCCAAAAAUGCUCUUCUGGAACCUCGACCAACAAAUCUAUUUUGUAAUGCAUCUGUGAUUAGGGAUAUCAACAAAGCAAAUUGUGAAGAUGAUGAAACUGUUCCUUAUAAAAAAAGAAGGAAAAGAACUUUUCCAAUAACAGCUGAUGAAACAGCUCCUAUUACAACACCGAAAUCAAAUACAAAUAUCAAUGAAAUUUCUUCUACUGUGACAAAAUCAACCACAGAGACUGACGAAGUUGCUGCUACAAAAUCAACCACAGAGACUGACGAAGUUGCUGCUACAAAAUCAGCUACAAAAACUGAUGAAGUCAUUGCUACAACAAAAAAUUCAACCAUAGAAAAUACUGCCACAAAAUCAGCAGAGCCAGUGACAUGUGCAGAUACUGAGGAAUCCAUGGAACAAACAGCAGUUGAGAAUAGUGAUGAUCAAGUGGACAAGGUCACAUAUAAUCAAGAAAAUCUGGUUGAAAAUAAAGAAAGUGAUGAAGACGACGGUCGACGACGCAGUACAAGGCUAAAAGGAAAAGAUCGCAUAUCAUUUACCAAGAUGAUUGAAUUGGAUAUAAGUGAUGAAGAUUUAGACAAUAGUGAAGAUGAUCUUGAUGAAGAGGAAGAUGACGAUGAUGAGAUGUGUGAUGAAGAUGAGAUUGAAGAAGGUGAAAGUAGAGAGAUAUCAAAGAUAAAACAGAAGAAAAAUGAGGUUAAAGAUGUUGAUCCUGAUUUUGACCCAGGGACAGAUGACGAGGAUGUCAAGGUGGAAGUUAGUGAUGGUCACAGUGCAGAGGAAAGUGUAGGUGGUGUAACAACACCCAAAUUAAAGAGAGGUCGCAAAAAGAAAUGGCUUGAGGAUGAGAGUGACCCAGAAAACUUUUGGAGAGUCAGAAAAAAAUACAAACUUACUGUAAAGGAAAAAGAGGCAAAAAGGAUAGCUAAGGUGAGAAAGAAAGAAAGAAAACAACAACUGAAGGAGCUACGAACUAUUCACAGAAGUGCUAUUGAAAAAUGUCAAGAUAUGACUGUUAAGUUGGAAGAUCAUGAGGACAAGUAUGAACUAACAGUGUUCACCUCCCAAAGUCAAAAGGAUAGAAAUCUAGACUUCGAACAUAAGUCCUACUACAGGUACACAUGUAAACUAUGUGACGGCCAGUUUAAUGCUUCAGACAAAGCCUCUAUGGAGAACCACAUCAAGUUACACCUGCAGGGUCAGUUAACAUGUGGUGACUGCGGUUUGACAUUUAGUAAGCCACUCGUGUUGUUUCAUCACAAGAUUGAAAAGCACAUAGAGAAAUUCUACACCUGCGAAUUCUGUGCUGAACAAUUUUAUACUCAGAGAAGUCUUAAAGUGCAUUUGGCAAAAAAACACGACCAAAAACCAUUUAAGUGUCCAAAAUGUCUUGAGUAUUUUAGCUGUCGAGCUGAUAAAAAGAAACAUGUUACUGUAGCACAUCCCGAACUUGCUGCUCAGUGUGAAAAGUGUGGAGAAUUUUUCUUCGGCCCUGAUAGACUGCAGUGUCAUGUAAAGGGGAUGAAAUGUAAAGAGAAGUCAUCCUCAGAAGGAAACAAAAUCCCUUGUGAAGUAUGUGGGAAGAUAGUUCUUAGGUCGGGGAUGAAAAAACACAUGGACACGAUACAUCUCAAGAUCCACAGCCACAAGUGUGAAAUCUGUUCAUUCACAACUAACUCUACUCAGUCCAUCAAAAAUCAUAGGAUGAGGCAUACAGGUGUCCACCCAUUUAAAUGUCAGUUGUGUGACUUUUCCUGUGUCCAAGACUAUCAGUUGAAGAGUCAUAUGCGGACCCAUACUGGUGAGAAACCUUACAAAUGUGAUCAGUGUAGCUACGCCUCAGCUUGGAAUGUCCAGCUCAAGGAACACAGAAAGGCACACCAGAGUCCUACACAGAGCACCUGUGACAUAUGUAACAUCACAUUCAAACAUGACCGUGGAAUUUCGCUUCAUAUGAAAAAGCAUCAUUCUAAUCUAGUUACAGGAGCAAGUAAAAAGGUUGAAAGGUCAGGGCCUUGCUCGGAAGCUGCUACCAACAAGGCUGUUAGUGCUAACAAGGAUGUUAAUCAGAAGCUUGGUUCAAAAAUUAUAGUGAUUGGUUCAUCACAGUUGGAAGGAAUCACGGGGCCGAAUCACAUUCCUGAGGAAGUACAAGAUCAACAGAUAGAUCUCCAACGGACACCGGCUACUCAGUAUGUGGCAAUGAAACAAACUGAAUACCACUCCGAUUUGUCGGGAACAUCCAACCAAGCUGAGUACCAAUCACGGGAAAAAACACAGUACCAUUCCCCAAAACAGGUCGAGUACCAACAACAAACUGAAUACAUUUCUCCAAAGCUGACAGAGUACAAUUUAAGUAAACAGACUGAGUAUACUUCUAAAGAGAUAGAGUAUGGUAUAAGCCACACAGAGUAUGUGACUACAAGUGAUCAGACAUAUUCGGAAGUUCAUGUCAAUUACUCACCUGACAAUGCGGAGUAUGAUGCCACCCAGCCAGGCUACAUUGUACACAUAUCCUGUCAGCCUGACUAUAUGCCUGCGGAACAGGUGAUUACCACUUCAUCUGACGUAUGAGUUCGUUACCUGCAUAAGAUGUAAUUAGCCAAAUGAUAUAUGCAAGAGGCUGUUUUUUUCUUAAUCAGUUUUGGAAAAUUAAAAAAAUGGCAAUUUGUUGGUCGAUAUUUUUUGCCAUUUUUUUUGUGACGGUGCUGACAUUGUGUUACAUUCAUUAGUGACUUCUUAAUUUCUGGUUGGCAAAAACAUAGAUGGAUUUAUUUUCUGAUGAGACAAUGGAUAGAGGUUAGGUUGAAUAUAACACUCUGAGUGCAUUGUAUAUAUGUACAUUUUACAUAUGUUAAUGUCUGAGAAUUGCAUUGAAUUCUUCAGCUAGUUUCCUUAUUAAUUCAUUAUGUCUUUCAUUUAAAGAAUGCUGUAAUAGUUAUAUACUGUGGGUCGGGGGGGAUCUGUUAUUGUAUAAAGCUGUAAAUUUACUAAACUACAUUAAUUGUUUAAAUAACUGAUGUUCUGUACUUUAUCAGAUACUUUAAUCAUAACUUGUUAAAUCUGUCUUGUCUGAAGCCUGAAUGAUUAGAAUGUGCAUUAAGGCAUCAGUGUCACCAUUAGAGACAUGAUGAAAUCAGAGUCUACAGUGGACACUACUGUAUAUAUGUUGUAAUUGAAUUUUGACCAAAGAUUAUUUGUUCUGAUGACGGCUAGUCUAACUUAGCCUAAACAUGUUGAUAAUAAAACCACGGAAUCCUGAUGUUAAUACUCCAUUGUUGAGAUUCUGUUGAAUGUUAUUGGGUAUCUACCUAGAUUCCUUCAUGAUCAAAUCUACUACUGAAGGCAACCAGGAUGUUAGCUCUCCCUGUUAGGAUUAUAUUGAAAGAUUUAAAAGUGUACAUAUAUAUUGUAGCUUAAGUGAUGAUAUUUGAAAAGGUGAACAUAGUUAUUUAUGUUGUUGCCUGGUUGUUAUGACUUGAUGCCUGGUAAUUUUAUUAUAUUCAAGCACACCUGUCUAUAAAGGCCACUUUUUUCUGUACCCCUGAGUGGCCUUUAUGAAUAGGUCUAUAAUGUACAGAAUUCAGCAUUGCUUAGACAAUAAUGAUGUACAGAAUAUUUGAUUGAUCAGAAUCUUCGGCUUUAAUCACAUGUGCUUGUCUGGCACACUGAACAGUCAUGAUGUGUUUUAGAACUGUGUAAGAAAGUCCUGAAAUGUUUCUAUAUCCAAACAGUCAAUAUGCUAACAAGAACAAGAUUGAAAUGGUUGAAAUUAUUAUCUAA